AUGGGGGAGUCACCUGCGGUGGCAGCAGCGCCGUCAGACUCAGAAGAACAGCCAACAUGGGCUGUACAGGACCCCCACAGUGGCCCCGAUUCUCCUCCUCCUCGACCCCCCACCGAACAUCCAGAAACUACGCAAUGCAGCGACAACACAACCGCGAGAACAGCCGCAGCUGCUGCUGAUGUUGCAGCAACAGACAGCACGGAAUCUUUUGGUGGACCAAAGGGAGGUCAGAGCCGAAUUCAUAGUCAAGACAACCCCCCCGCAAACGGAAAAUUGUUCCAAAGCCCCCAGCAGGAGCAACAACACAAGCAGCAAGAGCAUCUAGAGGAGCAGAUAAGCCCAAAACAAACGGCAGACACCAAGCAAAAUAGACAGCAUCGCCGACGAGGCGGGAAGCGCAGCAAACAGCAGCAGCUGCUUCAGCAGCGACAGCAGCAGCAGCAGCAGCGGCAGGUAGACAGUAGAUCUGGGAGGCCAGCAACCGUAGACUCGACCGAACGUCUAGAUGUUCCGAAGCGUCAGCAGCAACAGGAACAGCACCAGCCACAGCACCGACAACAACACAGUGAUAUUGAUGCGCAGCAGACGCAGCUACAGCCCCAGCGUUCCUCCAGGAACGUGUGGCAACAGCAGCAGCACGAUGAGAAGCAGCAGCAUGAAGGACAGGAACAGCAGGAACCUGCAAAUACCCCAGAUUCGCAACCGACAGCGGGGGAGAACAGUUGCUCGGAAGUACCAGCUGCCGAUGGUGCUGUAGCUAUUUCCCCUGCUGCAGCAGCAGCUGCUGCUACCGCUGCUUCUGAGGAAGAUGACUCCCAGGAGUUAGGAGCAGUUGCUGAGCAGGCAUCUGAAGCAGUAACCCCUGCAGCAACAGCAGGCGAGGCGGAGCCCUUCUUAUUUACCAGCUUAACAGCUGCUGCAGCACACACAACCGGCGACAGCAGCAGCAGCAGCAGCACCAGUAGCAGCAGCAGCAGUAGUAGUAGUAGCUGCAUGCAUGACAGCAGCAACAGCAGCAACCCCAGCCUAAGCGCAGUCCGUUACCAGCAAGGCAUUCCUGGGGCCAACGCGGACUCCUAUCUUCCGCGUCCUCCACUGCAGCAGCAGCAGCUUUUCCACCCGCCGCAGCAGCAGCAGGUGCAGCAGCAACAACAGCAGCAGCAAGAUCUUCCGAGUGCAGUGCAUCAGGUUUCCUCUUUUGAGUCAAUUCAGUCAGCUGUGGGGACUCGAAGCAGCGCGUCUAGAGGUCGUGGAGGCCGCGCCCGAGCAGCAGGAGCAGCAUCUGCUGCUGCUUCAGCAACAGCGGCAGCUGCUUCUUCUUCUGCUAGUGGAUGGAACAGCUCAGCAGCUCACUUGUCUCGUUCCCAUGCUCCGGGGGCAUCGGGGCUGAAGCAGAAGGGCCUAUUAGCUGCUGCAGAUCCCCAUCUUCUGCGGCAGCAGGCGCUGCAGCAGCUGGAGCGGCAUGGCCGCAUCCCCCCCGUUACUGCCAGCAGCCGCUUCCCUUUCCCUUACCUUAACGCUGCUGCUGCAGCUGCAGCAGCAGAAGCAGCACGCGCCAACCAAGAGACACAACAGGCCAGUGCUGCAACAGGUGGCAACAGUAACACUGGCGAAGACACCAAAUCGAAGGGGUUUUUCGGUUGGGUACGUCGCCUCCUACAACUGGACACGGGAUCCAGCAGUCGCAGAGGCAGGACCCGAAGAAGUGCAGCACAGGAGCGUGAACAGCCUGCGGCGUCACCCAACAGCACCAACGAGCGUUCAUCAGACCGGAGCAGCAGCAGAAGCAACGCCAACAACAACAACCGCAGCAACAGCAGCAAUACAAACAACAACACCGCCAGCAGCAGGGUUGGUUGCGGCGGCGUCGGCGGCUUUUCAGUGUCUGCGUCGUUUGUGGAUGACAGUUCUUCUGAAGAAGGCACACCUGGUGCGGGCAGCAAUUCUGUGCCUGCUGCCUUGCCUUCGCGUUUGUGUCUCCAGGUGUCUUUGCUGUUAUCACAAGAUGAUCGCCUCUACUAUGGAGAGACUUUUGCUUCUUGUGUGGCUCACGGCUCUGGCUUCGCUCUCUAUGGAGGUGGCGUCAGUGGGGGCGCCCGGGGGCUCUGGGGGGAGGGGGCCCUCCGGCGUCUGGGUUGUGGGCCGCUGAAGGGGCCCUGCGUGGUUUUGCCGGGUCCCUCGGGGGACCCUUUGACGCAGGCGGGGGGCCCGUGGGGGGGUUCGCUUCGGGGAGGGUGCCCGUGGGGGCCCCCUGGUUGGGGGCCCCCGCUGGGUUUGGGCGGGAAAGGGAGCGGCGAGGCCCUGCUGCAGCCUGGGCUGGGGCUGAGUGGAGGCCCCCGUCCUGUGAGCGGGUACUGUGGAUUUUGGCGCCUCGACCGGCGGGAGGGUUGGGGGGUGUUGCUGCGGGGCCCCACGCCUUCUAAGUACGAGGGCCAGUGGGUGGGUGGUCUGCGGCACGGCUGGGGCGUGCAAAGUUUAUGCCAAGGCUGCCGCUAUGUGGGGCAGUUUCGGCGGGGCCUCAAGCACGGAAGAGGCAUCAUGGUGUACCCAGGAGGGAUGAUAUACGGCGGCGAAUGGGAGGAUGGGCGCGUGCUUAAACAGGAACUCCUUAUCUCUAACAGACAGCUGCUGCCCAGCAGCAGGAAGAGCAAGAGGAAAAGCCGCAAAAGAGACCCGAACGAAACGCCAACCCCAAAACAAACAGAAACACACGCAACGAGAGGGCUGCAUUCAGAAGAAUGCCAACAGGAGAACGAAAGAAAAGUCAGAGGAGAAGGGAGAGGUACCCAGCAACAAACCUGGGAACAGCUGCAACAACAACUGCAGCAGCAGCAGCAGCAUCAGCAGGAGCUGCUGCAACGACAGCGCAUCGCGACGAUGCGUCGCAGACCUGCUUCUGUACGACGGGCAGCUGCUGCAGUGGGAAUUACCAGCAGCAGCAGCAGCAGCAGCAGCAGCGAUGACACAACGGAGGAGAAAGACAUCGGCAUGGAACAGCGGCUGACCGAACACAUGGAAGAGCUGCGGCAGUUCUCCGCAGCUGCUGCAGUGCGGCACUGGGGGGAGGAGCACGUGCAGUGUCUGCUGCGGAGCGUGGGGUCUACAGACAGCUUGUUGCAGUUGAUGAAGGAGCAGCAAGUUGACGGCCCCGCUCUGCUGGCUCUGACAGACAGGGAUUUGAGGGAGAUGGGAGUGAAGACGUGGGAGGAGCGGCGGCUGCUGCUGCUGCUGGUCGACCUGCUGCUGAAGCUGAGGCACCGCAACCGCUUGCGGGGCCUCUACAAAGCAGGCUGGAUGACGAGGGACUACUUGCUGCAGCGUAUUCUUAUCCCUGCAGCGGAAAUCGACAUUGAGGGGCCUAUCGGGGAGGGCGGAUACAGCCGAGUGUUCAAAGCCACCUGGAGAUACACGCGAAGCCUAGACGCACAACACCGACUGGGCCAGGCGGCGAACAGCAGCCAGAUGCACGCAGAGCAACAGUUGCUGCUGCAGCAGCGGCAGCAGCAGCAACAAAUGCAACAGCAGCAGCAGCAGCUCUGGAUGUCUUCUCUGCACGGUGUUGAGGGUUUCGAAGACCUCGACCGGGGUGACGCCCAAAACCUUCCGCAGCCGCCGUGGGGCAUCUGGGGCCCCGCAGAGGCCAAAGAAAGAACAGAUUUAGAGCAGAAGAAGCAACAAGAGUCCUGUGGGGAGAUGCGGGUAGCCGUGAAGGCAUUCAGACAGCGGGACAGCCAAGGGGCACAGCGUAGCUUGUAUGCAGAGCUGUCUGUGCUGUCGUUGCUGCGGCACCCGAAUGUGUUGCUGCUCCUGGGGGUUGUGGGGCCCCCAGUGUACGGGCUGGUGACCGAAUAUGUUUCUGGGGGUUCUUUGUUUGAUUUGCUGCACAAGCAACGUGUGUCUCUUCCGCUAAUGAAAGUCGUGAAGCUAGCCAGGGAGGUCGCCCUCGGCAUGAGCUACUUGCACAACAAAGGGGUCAUGCACUGCGACUUGAAAAGCCCGAAUAUCCUGUUAACUAGCAAUGGAGAAGUCCGCCUUUGCGACUUCGGGCUGGCAACCAUCGUCGAAGCAACAGGAGGCCCAGACUGGUGGACGGCUGCGCAGGAACAGCAGCAGCAACAGCAACAGCAACAGCAACAGCAACAGCAGCAACAAAAUGACCCUCAGGCAGCUCAUCUCGGCUGCGUAGGAACCCAUCAUUGGAUGGCCCCAGAAAGUAAGGAGAGGAAUUGCAAACGGAAUAAGAAUAAACUUUGGAAGGCAUACACAUCAAAACCUAUUUACCUUUAG